CUGAGGUUUAAAGUUUCAGCAGACCUGCAAAGUGAAUGGUAGAGGCUGCAGAGUGCCAGUGUGCCCGGGCACCGUCCACCUGACUGCUCCUAGGAGACCUGGCGCUGGAGGGCAGACAUAUGGGUGUAUAAGGAAUACUCACUAAUGACAGUGCACACCCUAAUGAAGCAGUUGUGACUUGUCACCCAGGAAGCCAUGCCUCGCUUCUCUGCCCUGCUGUAGAACCUCCUGGCAUCUGGCUGCCUCUGCCUUGUAGCGCUGCUUCCUCACACCCAGUCAUGGCCGAUUCCUCCACCCCGGACCUCAGAGAUAUAGAGAUCAAGCUGGGGCGCAAGGUGCCGGAGAGCCUGGCCAGGUCCCUGCGAGAGGAGCACGGGGACUGGAAGAAGGAUGCCACCCGCUCGGAGUGCCCGCUCAGCCCUGCCCAGUCCAGCACCCUGGAGAGGCUGGAGAGUAAGCUCCAGCUGCUGCGCCAAGACAUGAUCUACCUACGUGCUACUGAUGUGAAGUUGAUGAGACAGUUGCUCAUUAUCAAUGAAAGCAUUGAGUCUAUCAAGUAUAUGAUGGAGGAGAAGGACAUCGUCGCCAGCCAAGGAAGCAGCCUGAGCGGGAGCCUUUGCAGUUUACUCGAGAGUCGUGAGAGUUCAUUACAAGGAAGCUACACCAGUUUACAUGGCUAUAGUGAUGGGAUGGAUGAAAUAUCAGUGGGUAGUUACUUGGAUACACUGGCAGACAUUGUCCCUGGACACUGUACCCCAGAUUUUGAACAGUACAAUGAUGAACAACGGAACGGUGAUGACUAUCAACCACUAAGCAGUGAUUCCAACCAUCAGUACGAUGAGUACUAUUGCUUUAGAUAGGGCUAGCAUAUCACUCUUGUCCAUAUUGGACGAUCCACUGAUUUUGUUAAUUAUUCUAAUAGGUCAAAAACAAAACAAAUAGGAUGUACACAAGUUUUACCAGAACUUCAUAUGCUGUUCUGCUACUCGUUUUUUCAGUAUAUGUUCAGUUGCUAUUUAUUAAAUGACUUGCAAUUUUACAGUGUAUAAUGUUAUUGAUUGAAGACUGCAAUAUUAAUAAUCUGUUUUAUAAUAAAUCAGGGAAUGGGUUACCAUGAAACUGCCACGCUUUUUUACGCUAUUUUUAAUUGCUUUGUGUUUUCUAUCUUUACUCAACAAAAUAAAGCACAAUGUCAC